ACCCAUUACUAUACCUUGAUUGAGCGAGCUAGAAACUAGAAAGUAAGAGAUAGGAAGAGCUAUGGAGGGAAUAGAUCAUCAUGUGGACGAAAUGCAAAGAGGCCAAGCAGACAUUUGGCAAGUGAUGUACAGCCAUAUGGAUUCGUUGGUAUUGAAAUGUGCUGUGGAGCUCCGAAUAGCCGAUAUUAUUCAUUCCCACGGUUGCCCCGUCACUUUAUCCCAAAUAGCUUCCUCUAUUUCUGGCUCAACCUCUCCAAACAUCCACUACCUCGAACGCAUUCUGAGACUGCUUGUUUGCAAGAAGAUCUUCACCGCACAUCGCGAUGAUCACGACUCCUCAAGUGGUGAUCAUCCUCAUCAUCAUCAGACUCGAUACGGGUUGACCGAAAAAUCGAGAUGGAUACUGUGGGAGUCAGAGCCGAGCUUGGCACCCGUUAUAAUGAUGCAAAAUCGACGGCUGGUAAUUGACGCAUUUGAUCACCUUAGUGACAGCGUCAGACACGGUGUUGUUCCGUAUAAGGCGGCCUUUGGCCAUGAUUUCGUUGGAGAAUCAACAGUGGACCCCAAGAGCAAAAAGUGGUUCAAAGAUGGAAUGAUCAAUUUGGCCAAUAUGGUGAUGGAUCCAGUCUUAUCAGCUUUAAAAAAUGAGUUUAGUUGCAUGGGAUCAUUGAUCGAUGUCGGAGGUUUUACAGGUGAGACUAUUUAUGAGAUUGUGAAAGCUCAUCCGCAUAUCAAAGGCUUUAACUUUGAUUUGCCAGAUAUUAUUGCUAUGGCUCCUUCAUACGAUGGAGUCACUCACGUGGCAGGAGACAUGUUUGAGGCUAUUCCCUGCGCAGAUGCCAUUUUUAUGAAGAAGGUGCUUAAUAAUUGGACUGAUGAACAAUGCAUCAAGAUUUUAAGAAAUUGUCGCCAAUCAAUACCAGAGAAGACUGGCAAGGUCAUUAUUGUGGAUAUCGUUUUGGAGUCAUUGGAAAGCAAUGAUGUUGUCUUCUUAUAUGAUGAAAUGCGGAUAAGAUUUGAUUUGGGUUUGUUGGCAUUUCGUGGUGUUGGAAGGGAGAGAACCGAGCUUGAGUGGAAGAAGCUGUUAGAGGAAGCAGGCUUCCCUCGCAAUAAAAUCAUCAGGAUUCCAGCUAUGCCCUCAAUUAUUGAGGCCUAUCCAGUUUAAGUUGUGUUAUGAUGAAAUUCCUAAGUGUCACCUUUUUCGAGGUUAAGUUUGUCAUUUUAUUCAUACCCAAUAAUCUUAUAAUAAUUUUGAAUAA